CAGAGACGCAAACAGAAAUAUUCGUGCAAAGUAAAAUCAAUAAUAAAUAAUGCGACCGCCAUUGUAUAUUCAGUAUUGUGUUUAGACGACAUUUAUAUUAGUUUUUUAAAAUGCAACGAUCUAUUUUCAACGAAAAUCUAUCAUAUUUAUAACAUAAAACUAUGACAAUGGACGUUUACGGCAAGGUGUUUUUUGUGCUUCUUUAUAUUAAAUCAGUGCAUUUAUAUUGUGGUCCAUACAAUGGACAAAUAUGCAGAAGUUACUCUACUGGAUACGUAUGGUAUAACAGUACGGGUGGUCUUGAAAAUGAAAAAAUUACAACUGGACUAUGGAAAGAAAUGAUAUCAGCACUAAAGGAGCCAUGCAGAAGUAGAGCCGAAAAAUUACUUUGUGCUUAUGCUUUUCCAAAAUGCAUAAGUAAAGAUGGAACAGGUUACUUACCGUUGCCACUUUGUUACGAAGACUGCAUGGCUGUUAAAAUGCAAUUUUGCUAUAAUGAUUGGAUUGUGUUUGAGGAACAAAAACGUCGCGGAGUAUUUUUUGAGUCAAGAGGUCACUUCCGCUUUCCUGAAUGUGAGAAGCUCCCGCGAUUUGCUGGCAAAGGAUCUCAAGUUACAUGUCACAAUACUGGCAUCACAGAUAUGGACUUCAGCCAGGUAACUACUACUUGUAUUCGUGGAAAUGGACAGUAUUAUCAAGGCACAAUGAAUAUUACUGAGAAUGGUUUGGCUUGCCAAGCUUGGGAAGCACAAUUCCCCCAGGAGCAUACAAGACCACCUUUAGUAUUUCCCGAAGUACAGAAUUCUUCAAACUACUGUAGAAAUGCUGGUGGAGAAGAACGUAAGCCUUGGUGCUACACUAUGGAUGCUCAUGUGCGAUGGGAACAUUGUGAUAUACCUAUGUGUGCCAACUCUACUGAAGACUUUGACAAUAUGGAUGGACCAAACAUAGUAAUGGAAAAUUAUUUCACACCUACAUUUGUGUUACUGCUUUCGAUAGGCGGCCUUGGUUGCAUUUUAUUAAUAGCAUCAAUAGCUCUAUUGUGUCAUUACUUCCUUAAAAAUCACUAUUCUAAGUGUAAUCUUUCCAGUAGAAGAAAUGUACAAAAUAUGGAUAUAGACUUGGAUAAAUUACCGAGCAACUUAGCCUACCACACUACUGGAGCACAGUUAAAUCCAAAGUUAGAGAAACUAGAGUUUCCCAGAAAUAACAUAAUUUAUAUCCGAGACUUAGGACAGGGUGCAUUUGGAAGAGUGUUCCAAGCUAAAGCUCCAGGACUAGUGCCUGAAGAAGAGUUCACUCUUGUGGCAGUUAAAAUGCUGAAAGAUGAAGCAUCUCAUGAUCUGCAAUUGGAUUUUGAAAGAGAAGCUUGCUUACUAGCUGACUUUGAUCACCCUAAUAUUGUCAAAUUACUUGGUGUAUGUGCCAUUGGGCGACCAAUGUGUUUAUUAUUUGAGUUUAUGGGGAAAGGAGAUUUAAAUGAAUAUUUAAGAGCAUGUAGUACAGCUACAAAUUAUCCACCAGGUGUUGAGAACAGAGAAGAUCUGAGAUUACUAGCAACUCCUUUGAGUCACCUUGACCUGCUCCAUGUGGCCCGUCAAAUAGCCUCUGGUAUGGUUUAUCUGUCAGAUCGGAAGUUUGUGCAUCGUGACCUUGCUACAAGAAACUGUCUAAUUAAUGAUGAUAUGGUGGUGAAAAUUGCUGAUUUUGGAUUAUCCCACAAAAUCUAUUUACAAGAUUACUACAAGGGAGAUGAACAUGAUGCUAUUCCUGUCCGAUGGAUGCCUUUAGAAAGUAUACUAUACAAUAAGUAUACAUUGGAGUCAGAUGUGUGGGCAUAUGGUGUGUGUCUUUGGGAAAUAUUCUCUUUUGCAUUGCAACCUUACUUUGGUAUGACACAUGAAGAGGUUGUCAGAUUCCUUAAAGAUGGAAAUGUACUUGCCUGUCCUGACAACACACCUCGUUGCGUAUAUGACUUAAUGAAACAAUGUUGGAACCAUCAUCCAAGUGACCGCCCCAACUUUAGAGUUAUUUAUCAAACUUUGGAUAACAUACAACUUAUUCUGGAAAGAACUCAUUCUGAAUAAUUAUUAUUGUAAGCACCAAAGUUGUAUUUGUGUAUGGUACUUGUAUGUUUCAAGUGAUACAUUCUUGCCCCUUGAUGUAUAUAUAACUGAGAAUAGAUUAAUUUUUGUCAUAUUUAUUAUAAGUAUUCAUCUGCCUAUUUAUUGUUGGUCAAUUUGAUGAUGAUAAUAAUAAUAAUAAUUUGGGUUUAACUAUAUACACUUUAUAUAUUGAAAUAAUCUGUAGGUGAAUUGUUUUAAUUUUUGUGGCAAUAUUUACAUUCACACAAGUAACAUGAUUUUUUGGUUUAUAGUAGCAUUUUUUCAAAUUCAAAUCAGAUUACCAGUGUUCCUAAGAAGUUAAAUACAUUAUACAGCCCUGUUAAGUAAUAUUGAAAAUUGAAGCUAUUAAUGCAUAAGCUACAUAAAAUAUUUUGUUCAUGUUUAAUAUUUCCUUCAAGCUUAAUAUAGUACAUUUAUCUAUUACCACACAGUCAUAAAGCUGACCCUGGGCAGUAUUUGCACCAAAUCCUGUUUUCUGUACUUACAUAUCAGAAGUUUCCUUACUUAUAAUCCAGUUAGCUAAUUAUUUGAGAAGACUGAUUUUUGUAACUAUAAUUUAAAUUAUUAAUCAAGCAAGGGUAUGUACUUUCAAUUAUUUGUUUAUGCACAUACUUAAAUCACUUUUUAUAAUGCAAAUUAUACAUAAGUACCAGCUUUUGUAAUGCAACUUAUAUUCCUUCAAUUUAGUUAAAAGACCUUUAAGUUAAUAUCUUUAAAGUUAAGCACAAAAUGACAGAAUGUUCUACUACAAUAAUGUUAUUUCAACUGAAGUAUACUGCCAAAAUUUAAAUAAUGAUAAGGUGUUAGCUUUUAUCAAGAGUUGAAGAUGCAUUUUGACCUGUAAAACAUUAAAUUCUGCCAAAGAAAGCUAAUGGAAAUUGUAUAUAAAAUCAUAAUAUUUUUUGUAUGUAAGUCAAAAAUAUUGAAGUUUAUUGUAACAAUUUUAAUUUAGACGUUUAUAAAUCUGUCCUAACCACCUGUAAGUGUAAUUUUCGGACUGAAAGUUGCUCUAGAUUAAAAAACAGAAAACAGUAAUUUUAAUUGGUUUUGUACUAUUGUUAUUUACAGUAAGUAUAUUAUUAGUACUUAUUAGUAAUUGUACGACGAAUUUAAUGUUUUUAAUUGGUACCUACAUAUUAUUUAUUGAGUGUCUGUGUCAUUAAAUACAAAGUGCAGAAGUUAAUAAAGAAUAAAGAAUUAUUAUGAUUCUACUGAACUGUUCCUUUAAAAGACAUUAUUUUGUUUAAUGGCGCAGGUAUUAUUUUAGUUGUGAAUAAGGAAAAUACUUACAUACAUUAAGUGAACUGGAAUUUAGUUAUUUU